GCGAAAUUUUAGAGGGUUUCCUCCUCAAAGUACGUCGUGUAUUCCAUGUACGAAGGAGCCCCCUCGUUCAACGAUCACCGCCAUCACCAUUGCAAACCCGCAGCGGCAACGCGAAGCGGGGCGCCCGAUGCGCCCCCCUUUUUUACCUACAACUGGCGCAGCCCUAGAUUUGAUAUACGAGACAUUAUUAACCAAAAAUAUAGUUGGGAGUUCGGGGCCUGAGCCAGCGAGGUGUAUGACUUCGCAGCGUCGAAAGCUCGCCUCUUAUAGGACUACAAAAUUUUCUUCCAAUAGGCACCGGAAACUUCAGCCUUUUAGAGAAACGUGACUUGUCAACCCUGCCGAAAACAACAUUUAUCAUCAACCAUCACGUUUUGUUCUGUCCACAAUUAGCCGACCUCUGACCACCACCAUCAUUAUUUUUUAAUUUUUGUAGGCUUCCCCCUUACAAAUUGCUGUUCCUCCUUUUAAUUUUUAACGCAUCGGAUAUCUAUCACGUCUCAAGAUGAGCGUGAACGUAAACCGUGGCGUUAGCGACGUCUUUUAUCGCUACAAGAUGCCAAGGCUUAUGGCCAAGGUUGAAGGCAAAGGCAACGGUAUCAAAACAGUUAUAGUCAACAUGGUCGAAGUAGCAAAGGCCAUCGGCAGACCACCAACAUACCCCACCAAGUAUUUUGGUUGCGAAUUGGGAGCUCAAACACUGUUUGAUUUCAAGAACGAGCGUUUUAUUGUGAACGGCUCCCACGAAGCCGUGAAGCUUCAAGAUCUGCUGGACGGCUUUAUCCGUAAAUUUGUUCUAUGCCCCGAAUGCGAAAAUCCUGAAACCGAACUGCUGGUCAGUACAAAGAAAAAUACGGUUUCUCAAGGUUGCAAAGCUUGCGGUUAUCACGGUCUCCUCAUCAGCAACCACAAACUGAUGACGUUCAUCCUGAAGAACCCGCCGAAUCUGAAUCCGGCCAGUCAAGGUUCCUCGCUCACCGAAGGAAAACGCAACAAGCGUAGCAAGAAGACCAACGGCGAUGGCCAAGAUAACGCCGACGAAUCCAGCAUUGAUAAUUCGGUCACUGAAACUUCAUUGGAUAACGGUGGAGCUGGCGAAGACAACGAUGAUAAGGGUUGGACUGUUGAUGUAUCUGAAGAAGCUGUCAGGGCCCGUAUGCAGGAUCUGACUGAUGGAGCCAAAUGCAUGACAAUCAGCGACGACUUGGAAAAAACUGAAAAGGAACGCAUGGACAUUUUUUACGUGCAAGUCAAAAAAAAAUUGGAUGCUGCAUUGCUAGAAAAGCCCGAGGAACAGAAAGACCUACUGGGAGAAGCUGAACGAUUGGAAAUCAAAACCAAAGCUCCAUUGGUCCUAAUGGAAUUACUUUUCGAUCAAAACGCUUUGCAACAAGCUAAAAAAUACCGUUUACUUUUGCUGAGAUUCACACUCAACGACAAAAAGGCCCAACGCUAUCUCAUCGGCGGUCUGGAACAAGUCGUGGCGUUGCACAAAGAUCUGCUGAUGCCCAGAGUGCCCGCUUUGCUAAAACUACUCUACGAUCUUGAUGUGCUGCAAGAGGCCGCUAUUCUAGAAUGGGCGGAGAAGGUGUCCAAGAAGUACGUUUCCAAGGAAGUUAGUCAGGAGAUUCACGAUAAGGCGUCACCGUUUAUUAAGUGGCUGAAGGAGGCUGAUGAAGAGUCGUCUGAUUCUGAAGAAGAGUCUGAUGAUGAUGUGGAAAUUGAGUACAACGAUCGUGCUCAAGUAACGCCGCUGAAACCGGCGCCUGUAGCGGCUAAACCGAAAACGUCCCAACAGGAGGAUGAGGGCGGGGACGACGUCGACAUCGACGCCAUCUAAACGGCAGGGUCCGGAACAUUUCCUAACCGUUGCCCCCAACUUCAUUAUGGGUGUUUUUUUCUUUCUUAUUUUUUACAUUACUUUUACUAUGCAUAAGAAAGGUGUUUAUUCUAUUCACAUGAUAUAGAUAGGUUAAUAUUGUUUCUCCUUGGGGUCCCUUGGAAUCUUAAUUGGGAGAACAAUUUUAUUAUUGUUUUAAUGUCAAAUAAAUGAAAAAGUAAAUUUG